AGGUCAGAGAGCUCUGCAUUACUGCAGCAAUGUGCUCAAGACCGUGGUCUUAGUCAAUCUGUCACAGGACACAGUCACUUCUGGGGUGCACUGAUCUGUGAUGCAGCUGCCCAUAAGCUGCUGAUCCUCAGUGGACAGAGUUCAGACCAGGGUAGUGACCUUCUUCUGCAAAGUGGGACAUUCUCCUUUAAAAACUUCUCUGACAUCUUCACUGAUCCUGGGGUUCUUGACCUGCUGGGUGGGGCAGCCCCUGACCAACGGACUGUGCUCACAGUAUCCUGUCGUGGGGAAGGGUGCUGGAGCUCCCUGGGCCAGCAGCAGUUCUUCUGGGAGUUUCUGGAAUACAGACUGAACCCUGAACCUGCACUGCCAGAGAUGGAAGGUGUCACAGAAUUCACAGAGUUUACCUCCGAGACAGUGGAAGUGCCCUCUCCCUUCGACCUUCUAGAGCCACCCACCUCCGGUGGAUUCCUGAAGCUGUCCAAGCCAUGCUGCUACAUCUUCCCUGGAGGUCGAGGAGACUCCGCCCUGUUUGCUGUGAAUGGCUUCAAUAUCCUGGUAGAUGGUGGCUCAGAGCGCAGGUCCUGCUUCUGGAAGCUGGUCAGACAUUUGGACCGGAUUGAUUCCAUUCUCCUGACCCACAUUGGGGCCGACAACCUCCCUGGCAUCAAUGGGCUCCUCCAGAGGAAGAUCGCUGAACAGGAAGAGGAAAGGUCCCAGGGCUCCACCUCCUAUAGUGACUGGUUGAAGAACCUAAUCUCCCCAGAGCUUGGUGUUGUGUUCUUUAAUGUUCCUGAGAAGCUACGAAUGCCUGAGUCUGCUUUAAAAGCAAAGCGAAGUAUAGAGGAGGCUUCCCUAACCUUGCAGUACCUCAGCAAGCUGGGGAUCACGCCUGAGCCACUCUACAGAGUGGUCAGUAAUACUGUUGAUCCCAUUACACUUUUCCACAAGAUGGGUGUGGGCAGGCUAGAUAUGUAUGUGCUAAAUCCUGUGAAGGACAGCAAGGAGAUGCAGUUCCUCAUGCAGAAAUGGGCAGGCAACAGUAAGGCUAAGACUGGGAUUGUGAUGCCCAAUGGAAAAGAGGGAGAGAUCUCUGUUCCUUACCUGACAUCUGUUACAGCUCUAGUGGUCUGGCUCCCAGCUAACCCCUCUGAAAAAAUAAUUAGAGUGCUGUUUCCUGGAAAUGCACCACAAAAUAAAAUCAUUGAGGGACUUGAAAAAUUAAAGCACCUUGACUUUUUGCGGUAUCCAGUGGCCACUCAGAAGGAUCUAUCUUCUGGGGCUCCUCCUUCUGUCACAAAACAGACAAAAAUGAAGCAAAGGGUGGACAGCAAAGAUAGCCUUAAAUCUUCCCCCAAAACGCAUUUAGCCUCUAAAGCUGCAAGGAAAGAGCCAGAUGGAUAUGAAGACAUGUCAAUCACAGAGACCAAAAGUGAUUCUGCAAAGGAAAACAAGAUUGAAAAGACAGAGGAAAAGAAACUGAGAGAGAGUGACAAAACUACCAAACCAGCAAAAGCAAAGGUUGAUCCAUUUGAAACAGCAAAACAAGACAGGAAGAAGCUACUUAAGGAGAAAUCCAUAAAAAAACACACUAAGGAAAGGGCAUCCAAAAUAGAUGAGAAGAAGGACAAAGAAAAAAAGGAGAACAGGAAGGAAAGACGUGAGGUGAAGAAAGAUGAUGUCACUAAAAAAGAUGGUAAAAAAGAAAGUAAGAUGAAAGAGGACAAAAAGGAUACAGCUAAGCCAGAAAUGAGAAAAAUGAUUAAGCCUGACCUGAAACCCUUUACUCCAGAGGUCAGGAAGACCCUGCACAAGGCUAAAGUUCAUGUAAAACCUAAGACAGAUAAAACCAGAGCCAAAGCAGUGAAGGAACAAGAAGCUGAAGAGAAGCCUGUUGAAGAACCAGCUAUAGAGGAAACUCAGCUGGAAACAGAAACCCAGUCAGUGACACAACUGGAGAUCCAGUCAGAAUUCCAAACUGAGAUUGAAUUGGUGACCACACCAGAGAUCCAAUUUGAUAUUCAGUUAGACACACAACCAAAUAUCCAGUCAGAAACCCAACCUGAAAUUGAGUUAGAAGCCCAACCAGAAACUCAAUCAGAAAUCCAGGUAGAGACUCAACCAGAGAUUCAAGCAAAGAUUCAACCUGAGAUUGAGUUAGAGACCAAGGCAGAGGUCCAGUCAGAUAUCCAGUUAGAGGCCCAACCAGUGAUCCAAUCAGAAACUCAACCAGAAAUCCAGGCAGAGACUCACCCAAAGAUUCAAGCAGAGACUCAACCUGAGAUUGAGUUAGAGACCACACCAGAGAUCCAGUUGGAUAUUCAGUUAGGCAGACAACCAGAUAUCCAAUCAGAAACCCAACCUCAUAUUGGGUUAGAGACUAUACCAGAGAUCCAGUCAGAUGUCCAUUUAGAAGCACAACCAGAGAUCCAGCCAGAAAUCCAGGUAGACACUCAACCAGAGAUUCAAGCAAAGGCUCAAACUGAGAUUGAGUUAGAGACCAAGGCAGAGAUCCAGUCAGAUAUCCAGUUAGAGGCCCAACCAGCAAUCCAAUCAGAAACUCAACCAGAAAUCCAGGUAGAAACUCACCCAGAGAUUCAAGCAGAGGCUCAACCUGACAUUAAGUUAGAGAAUAAGCCAGAGGUCACAUCAAGUAUCCAGUUAGAGGCCCAGCCAGAGAUUCAGUCAGAAUCUCAGCCAGAAAUUCAGGUAGAGACUCAACCAGAGAUUCAAGCAGACACUCAACCUGAGAUUGAGUUAGAGACCCGGCCAGAAAUCAAGUCUGGUAUCCAGUUAGAGGCUCAAACAGAGAUCCAGUUAGAAGCUCAACCAGAAAUCCAGGUAGAGACCCAAUCAGAGAAUCAAGCAGACACUCAACCUGAGAUUGAGUUAGAGACUAAGCCAGAAAUCAAGUCAGGUAUCCAGUUAGAGGCUCAACCAGAGAUCCAGUUAGACGCUCAACCAGAAAUCCAGGUAGAGACCCAAUCAGAGAAUCAAGCAGACACUCAACCUGAGAUUGAGUUAGAGACUAAGCCAGAAAUCAAGUCAGGUAUCCAGUUAGAGGCUCAACCAGAGAUCCAGUUAGACGCUCAACCAGAAAUCCAGGUAGAGACCCAAUCAGAGAUUCAAGCAGACACUCAACCUGAGAUUGAGUUAGAAACCCAACCAGAGAUACUGUUAGGUAUCCAGACAGAAACCCAGCCAGAGAUCCCAUUGAUGAUUCAGUUAGAGACUCAACCAGAGAUCCAGUCAGACAUCCAGUUAGAAAACAGACCAGAAAUCCAGUCUGAGACACAACCAGAGAUCCAGUCAAAGACUCAACCAGAGACCUUGUCACAGACACAACCAAAGUUCCAGUUAGAGGCACAACCAGAUAUCCAGCCAGAAACCCAACCUCAGAUCCAGUCAGAGACUCAACCAGAGACACCAGCAGAUAUCCAGUUAGAAACUGGAUCAGAGAUCCAGUUAGAGACACAGACAGAGAUCCAGUCAGAGAUCAGGUUGGCAACCUGGCCAGAGAUGCAGCUAGAGACCAAACUAGAGAUGCAGUCAGACAUUGAGCUGAAGACAAUGGAGGAAACACUGAGAGUGAAGGACAAUUCAAAGCCUCUUGCAGAUGACAGUGUGACUCGAAGCCCUCACCAGGAGGCAGAGGCAAUACAAAUUGAGGUCAAAUCCCAGACUGCGCCAGACGUAAAGGCAGCACCCUUGGAGUCUGGCGUUGAAAGAAUAACAACAACAGACACUGAGAUUGAAUCUCCACAGCAGCCCCCAGAAGAAAAUGAAGCACAACCUGCAGCCAAGGAUAAAGACAAAUUUGAGGAUGAAGAUGCAGCUAUGGAGGAUGAAGAUGAGGAGAGAGAGGAAGAGAAGAAAGAAAGUAUUGAGAAGAAUACAGUAGAGGAAGAAGAGGAUAUGGAGAUGAGGGAAGAGGAAGUUGAGGGAAAAUGGAAGGAUUUGAAAAAGAAUGAGGGAGUCGAUAGAAAGCAUGAAGAAGAGGAAAUGGAGAAAUAUGAAAAAUGCACAACAAAGGUUGAAAUGAAAGAGAAAGCUACAAAGGCUGAACCUGAGGUAGUAGAGGAGCAAGAACAGGAGGAGGAAGACAAUAUUAUUGAAAAAGCUGAGCUGGAGGAGGCAAAAGGCUUAAAUGCAAUUGGUGAUGAGGAGUUGAAAGUAGAAACCAAAGAGAACAAAAAAAUAUUUGUCAAGGAGUGGGACACUAGACAAAUGGGAGAGGAAUUGGCUACAAAAGAAGAUGAUGAAGAUGCAUAUUUAUGGAAUGUUGGAGCUACCACAGCAGCCAUUACAUCAAUUACACAAGGAGUCACCACAGCAGAACCUGUCUCCUACAGUCAAGAUGAAACCAUACCUGCAUAUUCUGAAACUGAACAGACUCUCUCUGAUGAAGAAAUUCACGAGGAAACUGAAGACAGGAUACCACAGCUCCACUAUGAAGUUAGGACUUCUGACAUUUCUGUCCCAGAUGAAACCAGCUCAUUUGAUGUUAUCCAUGGCAUGAGGGAGUUGACAACACCUACUGUGCCUGAUGUGACAGACUUAACAACAAAAGGGUUUAUGGAAGCCCAAGACCCUGAGUACUCCGCUAACAUUAUUGCUGCACCACUGGCAGAAGAAGAGCACAUCUCCUCUGCCGCUUCCAUCACUGAAUGUGACAAACUGUCAUCCUUUGCCACUUCUGUUGCUGAAGAUCAGUCUGUGGCUUCUGUAACAGCAGCUCAUACUGAGGAAACCAGAAGAAGCUCUCUGCUUCUGGAUACUGUCAACAGCCUACCAUCAUCUGCUCACACAGAAGCCACCCAAGGGAGAGACUACUUGCACUCUGCAGGGACAAUCUCACCCACAUCUUCCCUGGAGGAGGACAAGUACUUCAAAUCGCCUCCCUCUGAGGAAUACCCGGCUAUUGUGGCAGAAACAGAGACUGUGCAAGUCCACGAGGAGAAAGAUGAAGAGGAGGAAGAAGAUGGAGAUGAAACUCCUAAUGCUGACAUUCCUCUUGGUAAGCUCCAAGAAGGUUAUGCAUCCCCAUCGAUGGUGCAGGACAGAGAUUGCAAAAGGCUCACUUUGACUGUGUCACCACCCAGUUUGACAUCUUGCAUCGACAUUAAGGCUCCUCACCCACCCAUUGUAGAUGAGGUGCAGACAUCUGUUGCCAAAGAGGAUAUUAUGUCUGUAGAAGCUACAAAACUAUCAUCUUCCCCACUCUCUUUUUCCACCAUUUUGGAAUCCGGUGCAUUUCCAAAAGGGGAGGAGAGGUGUCUCAGCCUGGAUGAUAAUACUUUGAAAAUGGCUUCUUCCACGCAAUCUGGCCCUCCCAGUGCAGGCAACUCACCCUCCAAUCGGUCACCUGUAAAGGAGAAAAGUAAAGGGUUCCCUGAACAAGAGGACAAAAAAGAUGAAAAGAAAACACAACCACCAGUCUCUAAAGCAGAACAAAAAUGUGACAGGACAGACAAGACAGAAUUUAGUCUGCAAAAAAAAGAGCAGCAUGAAACAGACACAGACACGUUGCCAAAUUCAGAAAAAGAAGCAAAAGAUAAAGCUGUUACAUUACAGCAAAUGCAAGAUGAGCUCCCCCCUACCCAAGAAGAGCAUCCAGUGAAACAGGAAACAAAGCCAGUUACUGCAAUAAAAGGCUCUAGAGAAAAGCAAAAUAUUUCUCUAAUGGAAAAAGAAUGUGAAGAUUCUCUUACAAAGGAUAUUUCCAAAGAAAUGGCCCUGUUUGAAGAGAGUCAUGAUGAAGCAGAAAAUUAUGAAAAUAAUGAUUCAAAUGCAAAAUUAACAGAGGUAAAGAAGAACAAGGUCUUGGAUGAGGGGAGCAUCUGUGAGGCUAAAUCUUCCAAGGAGGAGAGGAUUGAGGAGGAAGGAAAAAAACAAGGACAAAAUACACAGGCUGCAUCACUUGAAAAGCCAGCAGUGGCUAACUCUUAUGAAGAACCCAAGCAUCAAGGUUUGCACUCUGAGGAAGAGGAAGAGGAGGAGGAUGAAGAUGAUGUCACUUGCAUCGAUGGAGCAGAAUCUAGACCUUUUUCACUGGAACCCAGCAAAUCUGAUGUGUCUGAUGUUUCUCAAGAGCCAUCACCCACUAUUGCUGAUCAGCUAAAAGAGAGCAGUGAUAAAAAAGAAACAACAAUUCCUUCUCAUGCAUUCCCAAAACAGGAUUUACAAACAUCACCUCCUGCUGAUGUCAAAGACAAGGUGCAAGAUCUGCAUGGAAUCUCACCUGAACCAGAGGAGAUCACAUACCCAGAAAAAACAGCAACAUCAUCAUCACUGUCUCUCUCAGACAUUAGCACCAGUGCCUCUGCUAUGGGCACUGAGCCUGCCUCUCAACCCACUGACAUUGAAAACACAUCUGGGGGGUUGAUACUUAGCAGUGCUGAAAGCCAGGGCAGUACUGACAAAUCUUCUCAACCUGACAUAACAGUGCCUUUACUCAUUCCAAGCACAGAUGGUGACCGUCACACCAAAGAAGCAAUAGGAGAGACAACUGAGGAGGAACAGGAGAAGCCAGGGAAGGAGGCGAGAAGGGAAAUGGAGAGAGAGUGUGAGACUGCCUCUCCAGUCUCUUUAGUACCUACUUCCACAUAUUUUUCCCUGGAAAAAGAUGAAACAGUCAGCUCCUCUCUUGACAAUAAAGAUGCAGAUGCUGUGGAAGUAUAUUUCCCAAAAGACAAAGAAAGCCAUGAUGCCUUUAAGUAUUGUCGUGAAGAAAAACCUAUUUCUGAGGAUCAUGACUGGGACACCACAAAGGGGCUAAACUUGCAUACAAGACCUGAGGAAUCUGCCGGAACAGUUACUAAUGAUAAUGAGAUUGUUUCUCAGUCAGAGUCUGGUGUCAAGAUUGAAGGAAUAGCUGCAGUAUCUACAGAAGAGCAUGACAAAGAGGAAGCAAUGUCAUUAAGCAGAGGGGAUUACCACACAGCCACUUCUGAAAAAAACAGGAAAAAAGUUCACAUCAGUCUACAUGCCUCCCUAGAAAAGGAAGGUCGUGAGAAAGGCCAGGAGGAAGAACCUGAAAGGGAGAUGAGACAAGAUACUCCUUUUGUAGAUGGCAAGAGUUUUGCUUAUGCUGAGAUUUAUGAAAUAAAAAACACUAUGGAGGUGGAGCAACAAUCUUUUGGCUCCAGUCAUCAGCAUAAUCAGCUCAAGGUGGAGAAAGAGACUGCAGAAGCAUCCUCUGAAAAAGACUUAUCUUCCUCAAGAUGGAAUCAAUUUAAUGUGGAGGCCCAGACGACUUCUGCUGCCUCCCACCUUAAUGAUGAUCCUGAGAAGCAGGCCCCAGAGAAGGCUAGAGAGAAGGAACAAGCAUCUGAAGAAGAAAGAGAGAAACAACACACACCAGAGACAGCAACAACUGAGUCUUCUUCUGGACACCAUUCACCAGAAGAGAAACAUGUCUUCUCAUAUACUUAUCAGCUCGAUAAUAAGGAAGAUGAGAUUGGCACAUCUUUUUGCAGUAAACCCUCAGGGCAGCAAUUAGAUGAUGAUAUUGUAUCAUCUGAGCAUUCUGACAAAAGUAGCCCUGUUCCCUGCAAAUCAGUGAUGAGUUACAGUGAGAAAAAGCAAGCUCUGGAGAUGGGAGAUAAAAGGUUGUCAGUGGAAGGAGAGGAUGAAGAAGUUGAAGUAGAGGAGGAAGAGGAGGAGGGGACAGGAGUGGAAGAGGGAGCCAGUGACUCAGAUUUGGAGAAAGGUGCCAAAGAGAAGUCUGAAAAAGAAUACUUAAGUACAUUUGGUGACCCUAUCAGCUCAAAACUCUCAGAGGUGAAAGAGACAGAGAAGAAGGACAUUUCCAGUGAAUCUGAGUUGGAUAGUGGACCAGGAAUGCCUUCCACAUCUGCUUUGUCUGAGCCCUGCAGCAGUGACCAGAGGAUUAAGACUGAACACCAUGCUCUCAAAAGCAAGUCCCUUUUCAAUGAAGACAACAUUGGUAUGGAACAAACAGGAUCUCAAGGAUCAUCUUUUGGACCUGAAUAUUCUUGUAGUGGGGAUAGCAAAGAUCCUACUCUCAUCAGCCAGCUAGACCAAAAAGAGCAGGAUGAUAAAGGUCCUGCUCAUUUAGACUCCCCAACACCAGCUAAGCCUAGUGAAGCUAAGUACUAUAAUAUGCAAGAUGCAGCUGAGAAAUGUAAAAAUGAGGACUACUGUGACACCUUACAUCAAAAAGCAGGGGACCCUGCUUCGUUAGAAUUUAACUGUGGUACAACACCUGUCACUGCAUAUUGUUCCUCCUUUCCCUCGACCUCUGCCUCUGCAUCCCUCACAAUCAGUCAUCAGUUUAUGGAGGAGCCAGAACCACUUGCCACCACCUCUGACAUGCCCUUCAAGCUUGAUCCUGACAGUGCUGACUUACAAUAUUCCUCCUUCAAAGAUGAGCGCCCCCUAACAUUGGGGUCUCCUUUUUCAUGUUCUGGGGGAUUGGUGAAGGAUGAGUACCUGGAGGUGCCUGAAAAACUGAAAACCACCACCACAACUGCAGAGACAUCCUCUGACCUUGUGACACUGUCUCCACCCAGUCCUUGUGAGGAGAUCAAGCAUCUCCCAUCAGCUGAGGAUAAGACAGAGCAAACAGGUACUACCAGAGCUGCAGCAGACCUAGUACAGCAUGAAUGGUCCUGCAAGCAUGAUGGCGCUGACGACUCAGUGCUGCUCACAGACCCUGAGUCUGCUGCACCUUCCUCACAACAGUCACUGUCUGUGCAGGGUGAGCAAAUGGCUCGAGGUCUGUUUGAAGUCUCUCCAUUGCCGCAAGCAGACUCCUCUGAUAAAAAUGCAUCAACAAAGGCUGAAGGUUGCGAUGAAGAGGCAUACACAUGCAAAAUGGAACAAAGCACCUUACCAUGCCAAGUUGAAUGCCAGAAGGACACAGAGAUGGAGAGGAAGCUGAGUGUUAUAGCUGAGCAGGAGCCACAGCAGCAGGCAGAAGUGUGUCCCUGGGACUCGCCUCCACUUUACCAAGAUGAUGAUGAUGACUGUGAGGAUGACAAGAGGGACCUAGACUGCCCAGCCCACUCAAUAACUCUGGCAUCAGCUGACCAGAUAUUCCAUUCAACUAUUUCCCCAGAUGCACCUCAGAAACCUGGAGAUGACUCAGACCAUCCUGCUGCCAUCUGUGUGGGGGCUACAUCCUCAUACACAGCAGGCUUUUCUUCCUGUGAGUACAAGCACUGUAAAGGAGAGAUCUCUCCCUCAUUCAUAAACCUCAGCCCACACCAGCUGUCCAGCACUGUGGAGGGAGAGGACAAAGGGACAGACAGAUCAGAGGAGGAGGACCACUGCCAACAGACAUCCAAGGAGAGGAGGUCUCACAAACUUCAGCACCACCACCACACUCACAGCCAGCAGGGUGACAGUGCCUUUAUGACGUCAGGUGUGGUGGUUCUGGCUGGAGAGGACACCCCACCCACAUCUGUGAGUGAAUCUCUGCCUACGCAGUCUGACUCUGAUGUGCCGCCCGAGACAGAAGAGUGUCCGUCCAUCACUGCAGAGGGUAACCUGGAUUCUGAUGAGGAUGCAGAGCACUUGCCAGUGGAUAAGUUGGCUGUGGCUGCUGCAGGUGGAGGUAACCACCACUCGUCCUUGUCAAAGCCCUUGGAGAGGAGCCAGGACCCUCUGCCCACACCAAUGGUGGAUCCACCCCCUUGUUCCCCUCACCCUGAUGUUUGCAUGGUUGACCCGGAGGUUCUGCUGAAUGACCAGAACUGCGGAGGAAGACUCUUUAAGAAGGACAUGAAGACCAACAAAGGCCUGCGGAAGUCCCUGGGUAAGCUAAAGUCAGCCUCUCCAGUCUGUAGAAGUGACUCCAAAGCAAAGAGAUCUCCCAGCCAGGUGAAACAGACCUCCAAAGACUCCUCGCCUCGGUCUUCCUUUCAGAGAGGGAAGGAAGCAGAGAAGACGCCCAAACAGACAAGAUCAUCUGAUGGUCUGGGGUCACGGGGGGAGGAAAAGGAUGAUGUGUUUAGGUCUAGCCACAACCCAGGGAGGAGUCUGAUCAAUGGGAUCAAGAGCAACACAGGCUCAGUCUCUCACAAGUCCAAUUCUGCUGGCCCACCUUUCUAUGUGGACCUAGCCUACAUCCCCAACCACUGCAGUGCCAAGAAUGUGGACCAGGAAUUCUUCAAGCGGGUGCGGGCCGCCUACUAUGUAGUGAGCGGUAACGAUGCAGGCAGUGGGGAACCAAGCCGUGGAGUUCUGGAUUCACUCCUGGAGGGCAAGGCCCAAUGGGGCUCUAAUCUCCAGGUGACACUGAUCCCAACCCACGACACAGAGGUGACGCGGGACUGGUACCAGCAGACCCAUGAGAGACAGCAAGAGCUGAACAUCAUGGUGUUGGCUAGCAGCAGCACCGUUGUCAUGCAGGACGAGUCCUUCCCAGCCUGCAAGAUUGAGUUCUAAAGUCCCGCUCCACCUCUGUCCUCUGUCUGUCCCUCCAUCUGUCCCUCUGUCUGUCUGUCUGUCUGUGCAAUGGGAGACAGGGUCACUCUCUGGCCUUCUGCAGUAAUAUCCACAAUGAUGCCCACACACUCUCGGCUCCACCAUCUUUCUAUGCUUAUGCAUUUAUUACCAGACUCCCUAAUGCGUGCGCCAAUAUGAUGUUUGGUCCCCAUCACUGGUCUCAGACCACCAAACACAUGCAAACAUCACACCAGAAAACAUGUAUAAGUACACACAAGCUCCUCUGAAAAUGCAAGUCCAUGGGAGAGAGAGUGUGUGUCUCUGUCUCUCUGAGAACAGAAGUUUUCACAAGGAGCAAGAGUCAGCUCACUUCAGAAUAGCACAAUUAUGAGUUACACAAUGUAUUUUGAGACAAUGGAUGCCUUCAAACUAGUUGAAUAAUUGUAUAAAAUACCUCUCUUUGAAUUAGUCUCAGUCAAAGCAGUUGUACCCUCUCUGGUAUUUCAGAAAACAUCCAACAACUCGUGUAAAAAAACACCUCUCCAAUAGCUGGGUAGAUGAAUUUUAAGAUCAACAAUUUUAAAUGAUUUAGAGGGAAUCUACUGACUUCUUCUAGUACUACCUCUAGUACUAUCUCGCCUACUCUACAAGCGGAAGUAGUGUACUGACUAAAAUGUGUACCUUUUGAAGUACACUGUUGCUAGAUUCUGUCACUUGUUCUCAUUUGGACAUUGGUUUCCAAACUUGUGUGCCAUUUCUCCAUCUGUAUCCUGAAUGGGAGUAACCCACAGGACAAUCUUGUGCCUGACACUGAUGGCACAGAAAACUGUAGAUGCCAGCCAGAGGAGACUCCAAAAGCUUGUUGUUAGCAUUAAUCAACUACAACAGACAUAAGGGACAUAACUACAGAAAGGGUAUUUUAAGUCCUAAGAUAUAUAUGUGGUAAAACACAAGAACCACAUUUUGUCUUGCUCUACCUACUGUUUCAGGAAUGUGCUGUACCAUUUCUGUGUUCAGUAGUGCAAAAUAUUAACCAGUGUACGAUUUCUUGAUUGCAGUACAAACAGUUUGAUUGCAUUCAGAUAGGCUUUCCCUCUGUGGUGGGGUGAUUUUACUUAUGGGAGGUCUUCUCUCAGAAUGUGUUGCAUGAGCUCAGCUCAUGCAAAAUGAAAUGCACUAUAAUGAAAUGAUUGGUUUGUUUGUUUAUUUAGUUUUCUUCUCUGCCAUGUAUGUCAUCGUAUUUUUAAGACAUGUAGUUGGAGUUGAGAAAGUCUGUUAAAAAUGUAAAAAUAAAUACAAAACACACAAACAAGCAGACAAACAUUAGCUCAGUAUCUGUAAGUUUAUGCGUUGGAAACACCUGGCUUCUAUCCACCCACUACUGCGAUUUUACUGAAGUCAGAUAUUGAUGACCAGAUGAGUUUUUUGUUUCUGGCAGUAGAAUCUGCAGGUCAUGGUUGAUGUCCAUCUGCUCCAGGUUUGGGGAAAUGAUAUUUGCACAUACUCUUGCACAGACCUAACUAUGCCACAGCCAGCUAGUGCAAUGUCUUGUGAUAAUAUUCUGUCCCAAACUCCUUCAAGCAGGUGACUGUACUUAGCAAAUACAUCAAUAAAAUAUAUUAUAAAGACAAUGCAUUAGAAGUAUAAUAAUUGCUGUUGUAAAGUAACAAUUUAAAAAUAUGCUGUGACAUUUUGCAGCACAGAGACUAAUUAGCCAUUGGUUGAUACAAUAUUUAGCAUUCUCACUUCCCACCUUUGUGAUGUUUCUCUUCAAAGGGAUUUCUAGUACAUUUACAGUACUAGUACGUUUAAGCUUGCUAAUGUAAAACCUUCUGGUCAUACUAAUGUAGAAAAAUGCUGCAGUAUGUUUUCAUAUAUAUUGUGUAUUUCAUGGAAUUAGAAAAUACUUCAAACAUUUAAUAGAUGUUGGAAAUAAUAAUAAUAAUAAUAAUAGUAAUAAACUCUGCACAGUCUCAAACAUUGAACAUUCAACUAGCCCCAUUGCAGACUUGAAAUGUUUUUGUGGGAUAUUGUAUAAUUGAAUCCAGUAUUUUUUUGGUCUAUUUUGAGAGCAGUUAUUGUGUGUAGGAAGUGAUAUUAGGCUUAAUAUAAAGAAAGUCCACAGCUGUUCAAAUGUGUCUCCUGAUUGUGUGUCUGAAUGAGAGGAGGCUGUGGUUGAUACACUUACAUCUACGCAAAUGUAGCAAUAGAAGCAGUUUUUCCUCCGCUACGAUCUGACUGAAACCUGUCAGUACUGUGGAGCAUGGCAGGCUUGAAUUGUGGGUUAUUUGUCUGAGGCUGUGUUCCUGAAGUCAUACACAGAUGAUCCUGAGGUGAUAUACCUGAGGUUAUUACCUAAGGUUGGAUUGUACCCAAAGUUGUACACCUGAGGUUGUACAAGAGAGGCUGUGUUAUUGAAGUGAUAUACCUGAGGUUGUGUAUCUGGGGAUAUUUGUAUAUGUUAGGGGUAUGAUGGUCACCUAAACGUGCCUUGAGGUUUUGGUCCUGUGGGAGUGAUGGUGGAGCUCCCAUUUCUGAAACAAGGAGGCCUUAGUCAUAGAAGCAGCGUUGGGUUGGGUUGCACAAAGAUCAAAGAUUGUAGCAGGGCAAAAACUGUCAUUAAAAAUAGUAUUUGCAAUGAGCAAUAUAUUGCACCAAGCAGAAUUGCACUGUGAUAGUUUGGACAUAAAAAAGUCCAAGAAAGAAGAAUGUACUGUCAAUGCUGUGAGAGUGAAGCACAGAGUCAUGUGUGACUAUUUCUAAUGCUGAAAUACAAGAACCUGAAACUACAUUGCAACUGUAUGUGCACUAGGUGUAUAUUAAUAAGCAAGCAUGUAAUGCUUUUGCCUCUAUAAUUGAUCAUUAAUAAGUUUGAAAUUCUAAAUAUCUUUCAUCACC